GAGGACGAUAUCAAAGACAAGAGCAAGGCCGACUGGCUCGGCCGAGGACUCGCUGUCGUCCAAACGACGUGGAUCAUCCUGAACGUGGCAUCCCGCGCCGCCACCGAGCUACCCUUGACGCAGCUCGAGAUCGCAACCGUGGCCUUCUCCGUCUUCGCCAUUGCUACGUACCUGGCCAACUGGUGGAAGCCG